CCCUAUAUAAUGCCUCUGUCUUCCGCAGAUCAGCACAGUUGCACUCAGAAGGCUUUUGAGCAGUUCUAGUGAAAUCUACCAAACAUCUCCUUGCCAUCAUAAUGAAAUUCUUCGUGUUCUUCUUCCUCUGCUGUGUUGCUCUGGCGGCUGCAGCCCCCCAGUUUAUCGCCUGGCCCGGCUACCUCGCCCCUGCUGUCGGUUCUAGGACCGUCGUAGCUGGACCAACCGUUGUGAACGGAUUCGAUGGGCUUGGUCGGUUCGUCCAUCCUGGCUACGUCGGGGUGAUCUAGACCUAGGUCUUAUUAGGACCUAUAGCCAGCUAGACAACCAGCUUUACACCUGUCUGGACACUACCGAAGUUAUUGGCGUAUCUAAAUUGUUAUGUAUACAUAGUUCAAUAAAUGCACGCUCAUUUUA